GGGAAGUGCAGUUUUCUUACUGUGCUGACGAUCCGCUGCCAGCUGUCAGAAUAAAUACCAAACCUUUCAAACCUUUCGAGCUCAAAUUUUUACGCGCGCUGGUUUUUUGUCCACGGCACUAUGGGUCGUGGAUUCAUAGUAGAAGAUGCUGUGGAGGGAUAUCUUUCUCAACUGUGUGAGCAACAAGCAGGUCCAGUCACAGGCCUCCUGAUUGGGCAGAGUUCAGCCCAAAGGGAUUUUGUAGUUCUUGCAACUCGGACACCCCAAAGGGACGAGUCAACUGGAAGUUCUGUGGACAAAGAGUGGGUCACCGAGCAUGCUCGACAGGUGUCCAGAAUGCUGCCUGGGGGCCUGUCUGUAUUAGGAGUUUUCAUCAUCACCGAUGCAGAUGCCAAAGAUACAUUGACCACACUCCGACAGCUGGUGUUUGCCGUGGAGAACCUGAUCUCCUCUGAGCGCCUGUGGAUCCCUGCGGAGGAUGACGUCACAGACUGCGUCACGCUGCACAUCAACCCAAAAACCAGAAAAACUGUCUGCAGAACAUUUGACGUUAAAGACCCCAAGAGCAUGGCAAAGCCCGCAGACUGGAAGUACCAGUGUGGUGUGUGUUCAUCCUGGCCCACGGUGUCAUGCUGUUUGAACGUGGACAUGUUGGUGCCGCUGCCAGCCAGUACAGAAAGCAUGAAUGAAUGUCUGAAGGAGGGACUGAAAGUGUGGACGCGCCAGAUUGAGAACGCAGUUUGUCUGAUCGAUGGAAAAAAGCUCCCCGAGGACUCAGAACUCACAUCAGGACAGAGGAGGAAUGUGAGGCAGACAUACACCGCUCAGCUGCUCGUCACCCCGGAUUUCCAGAGGGUGUCAGACGUGGUGCAGCAGUGUGGAGGCAGUGUGUGUGUGAGAGGAGCAGUCCACAGCCGAGCUUACCUACACAGCAACAAGCCAAAGGGCAAACUAGCAGAGAAGCUGCUGAAAAGAGAUGUGAUUUCGACGGUGGCCACAAGGGUUCAGAUGUUGUUAGAGGAGCUGCUGACGGCGGACCAGGAGAGCAAGGGCAGCAGCAAACAGCACACAGACCAGCUCUGCCUCCCUCGCCGUGUCUUCUGUCCGGUGAAGGUGAACGGCUCGGUGUGUGUCUCUGACUACCAGUUCAGUGAUGAGGGACUGUCUGAGGUGAGCGACCGGCUGAAAGAGAUGCUGGACAUCGACGCGGCCGACGGAGAUCUGGACGCCAGCCAGGAAACGGCCACUGAAAUCACAGAGAGUGACGCUGUAGAAGCAGAGCACCCAGUGGAAACUGUCGACGCUCCAGAGCCCAAGAAAAACAACUACCUUGGAGUUGCGAUGGCGACUGCUGCUGCCCUGCUUGCCACCGCUGCCUCGAUGCUGUAUCUCAGUGACGCUUGAGACGUGCAUAACACUAAAUAAAGUGCUUCAUUUUGAACAUUUUUAUCAAG